AUGGAAACCCCACAAAUCCAGCAUCCCUGUAUCCUAGACAGGUUGGACAAAUUGUUGGCAGACUUUUGGUCUAAACUCACCCACCGCCUGGAAACACCAGUGGCAGUCCCGAUGGCAACUAUCUGGCCUCAGCCCACUCAACGAAGCACACCUACAAAGCAACGCAGCGGUACCCACAAGGCAGCCCUUAAACGGACAGCAACUAAGCAACGCAAAUUGAGGCAACAUCGAUACCACCUGCAGAAGCAAGCCAGGGACCGACGCUUUGUCCAUAUUUGCCAUGGAAUGCCAGGGACCUACCUGCACUGGACGCCAACACCACACCUGCUGAGAAGACCAUCACACGCACUGCUGAGCCGCCUCUCACACUUACCGAAGGUGACUCGCGGACACGAGGAAGGGGGUCCUGACAACACCCGAGGCUGUUAUGAUGCGGCUCGGCACAGAGACACGGGAGAUGACAAGACCCUGCUACACACGCCUGCACCCAGCUUGAUCACCACGGGCAUAGGCUGA